AUGGCUCUGCACAUAGUGCAGUUGAUUUCUGCUUCUGAAAGGAGUUUGUUUAUCUGCUUGUCUCUCUUCGAGCUAUUGUCUGCUUAUGGACAGCUUGAUAUGCUACAAGAAGAAAAUGAGAAUAUACUCGAAAAGCACAGCAUUGCCGAGGACAUUUGUGAUGAAGCUGAAGCUAGAGUAAGGAAGCUUGAGAAACAGGAAGUUGUCCUUGAAAGGCUGUCUUGCAAGAUACUGGGGUUUAGCUGGUUUGCGGACAAAGAUUACACCACAGAGAGAGAUAGUGGAAAGGAGGCAAUGCAAUGGGAGAAUGAGCCUUUUUGUUCAAACUGCGCCGAAAUCAUCUCAUAA